AUGAAGUGCACAAAAGACGAGAGAAACUGGUUUCAACAUCGUCGCCGCGUCCGUGGUGUGAUUGUCGCCGGUGAACCUGGUACUGGGAAGACAACACAAGUGCCGCAGUGGUGUGCGGAGUACGCCCACCAGAAAGCCAUCACCAACCAACCAAAGCUUGUAGCUUGUACUCAGACAAGAAGAGCAGCAGCUGUAUCAAUUGCGACCCGUGUCGCAGAUGAAAUGGAUGUACAGGUGGAGUUCAGCUUUUCUUACUUUCAAUCUAAACAUGGCGCUGAGCUACCUGGCAAAUUGGGUCAGGAACUCGGCUAUUCCAUUCGUUUCGAGGACUGUACCAGUGCCAAAACUGUAUUGAAAUACUGUACGGAUGCACUGCUCAAGGAACUCAUAAAUAAGCGAAAUGACAUUAAAAUCGUCAUUCUAUCUGCAACGCAUACCGGGGGGAAGAUCCUGCGUCAUUUUGAAGACUAUCGAACGAUAACGAUCCGUCCCCGAGCAUUUCCCAUAAACAUCAUUUUCAAAGAAGAACCAGUAGAGAAUUUCUUAGAAGCUGCGAUCAGAGCUGCCGUGAAGAUUCAUAUAUCUGAGGAUGUUGGAGGAGACAUUUUGCUGUUCCUCACAGAUAAAGAGGAAAUCGAGGAAGCCUGCAAGCGAAUAAGGAGUGAUCUCGCAAAGAUUGACCAGCCAGCGGGUACACUGGAUUGUAUCCCACUUUAUGCCGGUCUUUCGAAACAAGAGGUGCAGCGGAUCUUCAAACCAGAGCCUUCAAACCAACCUGGAGCAACAGGUCGUAGAUGUAUCAUUGCUACGGACAUUGCGGAAACCUCACUGAUAAUUGACGGUAUUGUGUUUGUAAUCGAUCCAGGAUUUGUAAAGCAAAAGGUCUAUAAUCCAAGUGAUCGAACCGAAACGCCAUCGGUUCGUCUCAUUUCGAAAGCAAAUGCUAUACUACGGGCUUAUCACGCGGGUCGUUCGGCGUCUGGGAAGUGUUAUCGUCUAUAUACUUAUGAAACAUAUCAAAGAAUGGGGGAGCACCCAAGUCCAGAGAUUCAGCGGUCCGACCUGAGUUCAGUGGUGCUCUAUCUUAAAAAACUUGCUAUGAAAUGUUUUUAUGACCUCGACUUCAUGGAUUUCCCAUAUAGUACGGCAGAAGACCAGGCAGUACAGUUAUUAAAGAGCCUCGGAGCUCUUGAUAAUGAUGGUCAAGUAACGGAGCUUGGUUCAAUGAUGGCGCAGUUCCCUAUACAUCCGCAGCUAGCUAAAGCGCUUAUAACUUCGGCGGAGCUGAACUGUUCGAAUGAAAUAUUGUCAGUUGCUGCAAUGCUAUCAGCUCCGCAGUGCUUCCUUAGACCAACAGGAAAGGAAGAGGAAGCCGAUGCAGCGAAAGCGCGAUUUGCUCACAUUCAUGGAGAUCCUCUUGCACUCUUGAAUGUUUACAACGCUUUUAUACAGAGUGAGUGGUUCAUUCUCAUGAUGUUUUCAGAUAAUGCGACAGAGCAGUGGUGCAGUGAAAAUUUCAUCAAUUAUUAUGCAAUGAAGAGUGCAGAAAAUAUUCGUACACAGCUCGGCAGGAUCAUGGAUAAGGUUGGUACCUGCGAUGUUCUAUCUCGUUCAGGUAUGGUGUAA